AUGGCGGCGGGGCGGCUCCUCCCGCUGCUCCUGCUGCUCCUGGGGGUCCCGGGGGGCUCCGGGCAGGAACCCCCGAGCGACCCCGCCGCCCGGUGCCGGUUGCCGCCGCUCUCCGGUCGCUGCCGCGCCUCCAUCCCCCGCUGGUUUUUCAACGCCAGCUCCGGGAGCUGCCAGAGCUUCGCCUUCGGCGGCUGCGGCGGCAACCGGAACAACUUUGGGAGCGAGCGGGAAUGCCGGGAGAGCUGCGGGGGCUCCGGUGUGGCCGCAGGUGAGUGCUCCGCCCCCCCCGCUCCGGGGCCGUGCCGCGCCGCCUUUCGCCGCUGGUUCUUCGUGCCGAGCUCCGGUUCCUGCCGGGAAUUCACCUACGGGGGCUGCGGCGGCAACGCCAACAACCACCGCGACCCGCGGGAGUGUCUGCGGCGCUGCCGGCCCCGCGCAGGUCGGAGAACCCCAAAAGACAAAGAAAAACGAAAACAAACCCGAAAAAAAACAAAAAAAAAAAAAAAAACAGCCAAAAAGAAACCGAAAACAAACUGAAAAAACAAAAAAAAACAGCCAAAAACAAACCGAAAACAAACCCGAAAAAAACCAAAAAAAACAGCCAAAAACAAACCGAAAACCAACCGAAAACAAACCGAAAAAACAAAAAAACCAGCCAAAAACAAACCA